AAUAAUGCGGACUUUCCACGUGAGCUUCGUUUUUGGCACCCUCUCUCAAACGCCAUGAUAAUGCUGCACUACAAAAGCAAAUAUCUGAGAGAGAGCCAAAAUGACACCAGUUGAAUUUCAUCCAUUGCUCUGAAAUCCCCAUCUAUUCUUGACAUUCAAGAUUGGGGGAAAAACCAAAAGUAAAGCCAGGGAUACAAAUACAAAGUGGAACAAACAAAAAAGGUCUAAGCAGAGCACAAUGGCUUCUUCAUCGGCGGCGAAAAUGGCUGCGGUGGAAUGGCUGAUGGGCUCGCCUGCUGACGUCAGCGACUAUAUCGUGCUUCUAUGGAAGGCGGUGAGGUCGUAUGCGAUAGUGCCGCUUUUGAGAUUCGCUCUGUACCUCUGCUUGGUGUGGUCGUUCCUGCUGUUUGUGGAGUGGUCUCACAUGAUGAUUCUUGCUGCUCUCGCCAAGUUAAUGCGCAACAGGCACGCGAAAAAGUACAAAUGGGAGCCAUUGAAGGAUGAUUUGGAAGCUCGGAGCCUCGAUUUCCCCAUGGUUCUUGUCCAGAUACCUAUAUACAAUGAGAUAGAGGUGUACAAGAUCUCCAUUGGUGCAGCGUGUAGGUUAUCUUGGCCAGUUGAUAGGCUGGUGGUUCAAGUUUUGGAUGACUCAACUGAUCUUGUUAUUAAGGAUAAGAUUGAGAAAGAAUGCAUGAGAUGGGCAAGUGAAGGCAUAAACAUUAGGUACCAGCUUCGAGAUGGUAGGAAAGGCUACAAGGCUGGAGCUCUCAAGGAAGGGUUGAAGCGCGACUAUGUCAAAGAAUGUGAGUAUGUUGCCAUCUUUGAUGCUGAUUUCCAGCCGGAAGCAGACUUCCUUCGACGAGCCAUGCCUGUCCUCAUACACAACCCAGAGGUCGCGCUAGUGCAGGCUCGCUGGAGGUUUGUGAAUGCAGAUGAAUGCUUCUUGACAAGAAUGCAAGAGAUAUCACUGGACUUCCAGUUUGUGAUUGAGCAACAAGGAGGAUCAUCCAUUCAUGCCUUCUUCAGCUUUAACGGAAGUGGUGGAGUAUGGAGAAUUGGGGCAAUAGACGAGGCUGGAGGUUGGAAUGAACGGACCACUGUAGAAGACAUGGAUCUUGCUCUUCGAGCUGGACUAAUGGGCUGGAAGUUUGUUUUCCUAGGAGACAUUGAGGUCAGGAGCGAACUUCCUAGUACUUUCAAGUCCUACCGCUCUCAGCAGCAUCGUUGGUCUUGUGGUCCAGCCAAUUUGUUCAGAAAAAUGGUGACAGGAAUAGCAAAGAACAAGGAUAUAUCGCUAGCGAGAAAGUUCUAUAUGAUAUAUAACUUCUUCUUCAUACGGAAGAUCGUGGGAACUAUGUUCACCUUUGUUUUUUACUGUGUGGUUCUGCCAUUGAUCAUUCUACCUGGCUAUUCCUUGGGUCCUUUUUGAGAACAUAAUGUCGUUUCAUCGCACCAAGGCUUUGAUAAUCGGUCUGUUUGAGGCCAAGAGGGCAAAUGAAUGGAUCGUCACUGAGAAACUAGGAGACGCUUUCGAGGGCAAAUCCAGAGCUGAAUUAAGUGCACCAAAAGGACCUGGACAGCUUAAGAAUCUCAGAGAGAGGUAAAAAUUUUGCUACUAGUCUAUACUGUCUUACUUUUGGCUUGCGAAAACUUGAUUAUUUCUCCUCAGUCGGCAGUUUGGAACGCUUGAUUCUCGAAUAUUUAACUGAACUUACGAACCAGACACAAUCUUGGAAAUUAAAUCUAUCCAUAUAGCAGAAUGUGCUGAAUAAAAUGUUUCUUGAAAAUAUUUCACUUUACAUUCUUGUUGCUUGUUUGGUGGUUCAUAUGAACAUGCAAAAUAAGACCAGUCGUUGCUUGUCUGGUGGAGUAAAACGUGAUAAUCAUCUGACACUGUUGGAGGGUUCGAUACACUAUUGAAGGAUCGUUUAGUCUGACUAUUACACGAUCAUAUAUUUCCCAGAAUACUACCACAGGAGCUGGGAGUUGCUUCGUUUCUUUUCGCCUGUGGAUGUUACGGUGUGUUCUAUGGGCAUGACAGAUAUUACCUGUACCUAUUCCCUCAAGCCAUCUUCUUCACCAUUGCUGGAUUCGGCUACUUUGGCACGAUAAUACCAAGCUGCCCUGAGCUCUCUUAGCAGUAGGGCUCUUCUUGACACAUGCAUGCUUGGAUUCUUAGGCAAGAGUAGGACUAACUUAGAACGGCUGACACUGAAUCAUAGUACUAAUUACGCGCAAGAUUUUGAGUUGAAUUCUUGUGCUUCAUUUACAGUUAGUUUUGCCAGACAUUCAUGAUUCUUAUGCCAACAUUAAUGAUUCUAGAGUAUUCUUUUGUAACUUUGAUUUUUGGAUAUUGUUCAAAAGAUUCCUGUUGUAACGGGAUCUUGUAUUCAGUUGAUGUUAUUUUGAGUUUUAAUCUCAUAUAGCAUUUCAAAUAAA